UGAAUUUGACGUCAAGGAUAAAUGUCAGAAGCAGACGUCAGAUAGUUUGGCUAAAAAUAAUCGAAUUCGAAAAAACCUUUAAAUAUUGUGCGCAACAUGGCUAUUUUUCGACUGACCAGACUGGUAGCGCAAACCAGGAACCUUACGAAACAUGAAAACGUUAUACAGAGGAGGACUGCUACCACUACACCGACGGGUGCUAUUCUUCCUGAGCCUGAGAAGACACCGUUUGGCCUGCUGAGUAUUGUCCUGGCCGUAGUGCCUGGCCUGCUCAUCGGAGCAGCUAUUAGUAAAAAUAUCGCCAAUUUCCUUGAAGAGAAUGAAUUGUUUGUUCCAUCUGACGAUGACGACGAUGAUGAUUAAAAAGACUAUUAGGCCUAUUAGCUAUGUAAUUGAAUCAUCUAAUUUUGCAUUACGGAAGUGUAGUCUUGCCUGUAUAGAUAUUAAUAAUAACUCUUAAGUAAAAAUAUAUGUAUAGACUAAACAUGUUCAGUUAAAAUGACCAUUUGCAUUCUGCCUUGCAUUCAAAACAACUUUGUUUUAAAGAAAAUUAUUUUUGGAAAAAUAACUCUUAUUUAAUAGACAGAUUUGGUUUAAGUGAAUUCUUGCUUUUAAAUCAGUUUUGUAUUUAUUAUAUUUUAUGUUUCAGACUUAUUGUAAGC